AUGACGAAUCUCACAGACACGUCCUCUUCCGCCACGUGGACAGUGGUUGUGACGCGAUUGGGUUUUGUCUUCCGUACGAUGCUCUGCACGGUGACCCUGAAUCCCCACUCAAUUAUUGCUUUAAAGAAUUCUCAAGAGGCCUCCAUCCCAACCCCUUGUGUUGGCCAUCAUGGAAAACGCACCACCCCCUCUCAUCACACCCCCUCCUCCUCUCCCACCACACAACCACCACCGCCAUCAUCAUUCUUUCCCUUCCCUCCUCCGCCACGCGCCUUCAGCCAAAUCACCGUCAUCAACGCGCUGCCUCCUCCUCCGCCGCAGCCACCCUUCCCGGACUCCUCCAGCUCUGUCGAUUUGUCCCCUCUUGAAUUCCUUCUCGCCCUUAUCGCCGUCGUCACCAUCCCCGCCUUAAUCUACACCUUCAUCUUCGCCGUCAAGUGUCCAUCUCGCCAUCGCCGGCAUCCGGACGAAACUUCUGGAGGACCACCCUCCGUAGUCUCUGAACCUGUUUCACAUGAUGCAGGAGAUGCUGCUGCGGUGGUCUCCGACGUCAAGUACCAGAAGGACGCCCAUGUGAAGGAGAUCGGCAGCGAGUGCCCCGUUUGCCUGUCGGUGUUCGUCGAAGGCGAGGAGGUCCGGCAGCUCAGUGUGUGUAAGCAUUCGUUCCACGCUUCUUGCAUCGACAUGUGGCUCAGUAACCACUCCAAUUGCCCGAUUUGCCGUGCCACCGUCACCGUUAAGCGGCCAAACACGGCGGCUCCGCCGAGAAAUAACGGCGAUCUACAACAAGGUCUGCCUGAUGCCUCUUCUUUGGUUUGAGUCAUUUCUUCGUCUACCUUCCUCUCCAAUUCAACCAAAUCUUCAGAUUGUUCAUCACUUCUUUUAAAUUUUUCUCGUCAAAAUUGUGGGGUUUGAGCUUCGAAUCUUUAUACUGGCUAGUGAGGAAGUUAAAUUUUCCUAAGAAAAUUGAAGUUCAAACUUCAAACCAAGGAGAGUUAGGAUUUGGGAAUGGUUAUCACGAGAAUUUUGACUGAGCUUGAGCGCUUCAAUUGUUACACCAGAUGUGUAUCUGUUAACUAGCCGGAAAUCGAAGGAUUUUCCCAGAAAAGUUAAACUCAGUUUGGAGUUCAAACUGAAUCAUCAAGUCUGCCGGGGAAAUUCUUAGCCUUCCGAUUUAUCAGCCGUUAAUUGUUGUUCUUAAGAUUUUGGGGUUUGAGUGGUUUAAUUUCCCAGUCCGAGAGAAAGUGAAGGGAUUUUCCUGAAAAUUGGAGUUCAAUAUCAAGCCAUGGAAAGUUAGAAAUUGAUAUUUCUGUGUUAUCCAUACAUAUUAAGCUCUCCAAAACUUUUAAAACUCAAAAUUGCUAGUUAAUUUGUACGUAGUGUUAUACCAUAUAAGUCUCACUCUUUUUAAUAAACAAGAUUGUAGAAUGUGAUUAAUUAUUGGAAGCUGAUUUUCACA